AACGCCAUGUUGUCACGACACCGCCAACUGGGAGGCCAAACCUAACCCGGGAUAACGUUAUUCCCUGUAUUUUAUCACGUUGCCUCAAUCAACGACCAAUCGACUCCGACCAACGUGUAUGAAGAAAGAAGAGAUUGAAAGAUCUGAUUAACAAAACCGUCAGCGCCAGUCCAGCCACGCCAACGAUUUCAAAGCAUCGGUUAAUUACGUUCCCAUUGUUCCCAAAAGUUAACUAACGCUAAUUUGCUUUAAUGAAAUUGCGUGUGGUCACAUAAACCGUUAUGCCACAAAUGCCAUGAAAUUCCGACCGAUAGUCGUUUGCUAACGAAGGGCCUAAUUUAAGCUAACUUUAGCAGCAUUAGCUUGUAGGCUAAACGUACACAAUUGGCAAAAAACAGGCUAAGCUAAUGGCUCGAAUAUAACGUCGCGUAAAGAAAUACUUUGAGACCGUCUUCGUGUGUGUUAAUCGACCAGUAUGGGCUGUUACAUUUGAUUAUACUCCGCUAAAACCUCUUCGUGCAGUAGUUGUAAACGACAGCCAACGGGAAGCCGCUUGUUAGCUCCACGCACUUUAAAUAGCACCGAGUCGUGUUCUUACUAACGUUACUUUAAUAACGCGGGUAGGGACGCGCUCAUUUCGUCGCUCUCAUCAUUUUGAUCGUUGGGAUUUGUUCCCCCUUCAAUCUCAACGGUAGAUAUCAAAAUAUACAUUUCUGAGAGUUCCGCUAUUCGCUAAUCGAUGUUGUAUCCUGUUGGCUGUUGGUUUAUUUUCAACGUGCUGCCUGUUGUCAUGGAUGUUUUGUCUUAACACAUCAUUUUCAUCCACAGUCGUGCCCACACUGAGUCGACCCAAACAUCCCCCAAAGUCCCCCCAAAAUGUGUAAAACGUCUGCAAAGCAUCCCAGAAGUGUUUCAAGUCAAACACUAAGUUCCCUUCCCUUUUCUCCACAAUCCCCAGUUGGCAAAAUGUGCUGCAUGUUAACCCAGUUGGCCCCAUUUCCACGUCCCACAAACCCCACUAGUGGCCCCUAAAAGGUUCGGGAGCAAAAAAUAACCAAAACGUUUUUAAUGUCUUUGAGUGCAAUAUGUGAAGAAACUCUCUCACAGUAAGUAUUCCGCAUUUUAAUCAUGGCCAUUUGCUUGUAGAAUUAGUGAAGACGUGGACUCAUGCACUGAUCUCAUGGUGUGAUGCAUUAUGAUGCAUGCUGGAUCCUGUCACUCAACCAGCCCUCGUGGACUGGAUUGAUCUUUUGCUUUAUUGAACUUUUAGAACUUGAUGGUUGCUGCUAGUGGUCAUUGUCUGAGAUGUUGCUAUUGGUUCAAUACUUGCUUUUUAGUUAAGUGGAUAAAAUACCUGGAUCUGGCUGCACUUACUUGUCAGCAGUACUUGGGUAUUUGUGUAGGUCUAAUAAGGUUUUCCUCUUACAGGUCGGUUAGGUUUGGGUCGGCGGACUUGUGUCCCCACUAACCUGAGGUGCUCUCGUAAUCACUUUGGCUAAGCAUAGAUACGUCUGGAUGGAGUUUAUUUGUAUUGUAAGUUUCCCCCUCUGAAAUGUGGACGUUGUUGGCACUAGGUGAUGUUUGCACAGCAUCUCAAUCGGCCAACUUUUGCCUGUGGUGUAUCCCAGCCCAUCAUUAAAACGUGCCUCCAUAGUACAGCUAACGUCUUCUGCUAUGAUAGAGAGGCUUCUGCUAUGAUAAAUUCGCUGGAUUUGGAUUCAAACCUAGUAGCUGCUUAGAGUUCAGCAAAGUUAAGCUAACAAGUUUCUUUGUUGAUAUGUUUUGGCUAAACAUGCUGGUUUUGAGCCAAUGAUGACCGAAAACGCUGCACAAUGUGCAUACAUUUCGAUUUUUGGAGCUACUUUGAACACAGCUCGGUAGAGAUGCUGAAGAAGCUCAGGAUUCUAUUUUCAAACGUGAAGAAAUAUGUUGUUUGUUCCUGAUUGUGUUCGGUGACACACAGCACAAAACAGGGAUUUUGUGCGGUGAGCGUCUCCAGGUCUUAUACCUGUUCUUUAAAAAUGAAAAAUGAGUUCACUUAAUUAUCUGUACAACUUAUUUUUAAUUCAUUCUAAGUUGUCAACUUCUAAUUCGUUGUGUUCCAUGAAUGAACUCAUCUACUCAGUGGCGUCAGACACGUCCCCGUGUUGCUGUGUUGUUGAAUGUAUCAUUAUCACAUCAUUAAGGCAGACGGGAAGCUGGCAUGCUGGGGACGUGGUGGGCUGCUGUGUGUACACAUACAGUUGGGCUAUUUUUCCUCUAAAUCCGCCUCCUGCUCUGACUCCUCUGUUCACUCUGUGCUCUCCGGUGUGUUUCUGUUGUGAAUCCGGUCCACGGUGCUCAGGCCUCAUUCCCAGCCUGCAGCAGGCACCACUUCGGGUCCGAUUGCUCCAACAGGGAGUGUUAAACAUGAUCUCUGUUCUUGCUGGUUCCGUAAACAAUAUCCCUCCAUCUAUGUGCCAUUGGGGGGAGAAAAAACAUUGAGAAUAUGGUCACUAGGUGGUUGGUAAAAAGGCCAAUCAUUUGGAUUAGUUCAAUGUCAAAUUGGAUUUUGCAUGUAAUGGCAGCUCAACAUUAAAUCAAGCCCCGCCAGCCCCUCAACCGGCACGCGUCCUUUAGUCUCUGCAGGAUCACACCUGCAUGUGAUCCAUGUCCGUUAGAAGCUCAUGGUCCCGCCUUGGCAGUUGAUCACAGUGACACCAACAUCGCCCUGGAAUGGAAACCCUUCGGCCCCGGACGGUCUGGUGGCUUUAACCCGAAAGGGACAACUAUCGCGAGAGGAUGGAGAGCUGGAGGAGGGCGAGCUGGAAGACGAUGGGGGGGAGGUGGGGGAGGAGGACUUUGGUGGGGGGCCGUCCGCAGCGGUAGCAGCAGGUGGAGGAGGAGCAGGAGGAGAUGGCCGUGAAGAAGCAAGCGGAGGAGCUGAAGCAGGAGGGGAGGGGCCCGGGGAAAGGCCCCGGCGAAGCAAGGAGCCCCACGCCAGCAGCAACUCUGAUGAGGAGAGAUCCCACCGACGCAAGAGGAAGAGGAAGAAAGAGCGGGAGCGCGAGAAGAGGAGGUCCAAGAAGAAACGCAAAUCCAAACACAAACGCCAUCCGUCUUCCGAUGACGACCACUCCGACUUCAGUGAUGACUCCGACUACAGUCCCAGUGAGAAGAGGAAGUACCGAGAGUACAGUCCACAGUACCCCCCGCCGCCCCACGUCGGCUACGGCGGCCCAAAGAAGGGCGGCUACAUGAAGAUGGACAAGCAAAGCUACGGAGGCUACGAGGAGUUCGAAGAGGACAACUUCGAGGGCGAGGAAGAGGAGGACAUUGGGGACGAGGAGUACGACGACUUUACCAAGGAGCUCAACCAGUACCGCAAGGCCAAGGAGGGAGGAGGAGGCCGCGGACGAGGUGGGUCCUCGGCGGUUGGAUCAAAGCUGUUGGAGUUGAAAAAUAGACUUCUGCACGGGGGCAAAGGUCGCAUGAAGAACCAGAGAGGCCGUGGAGGAAUGAGGGGAGGGAGGCGGGGAAGAGGAGGAGGCAGGGGAAGAGGAGGCCGCGGAGGCGGAGGAGGCGGAGGAGGAAAGAUGGGGGGAGAUAACGAUGAUGGGGACGGCUAUGGAGAAGAGAUGGAGUUUGGAGAUGAUGACUAUGACAACAUGGGUGAGGAUGACUAUGAUGACUACUCAAAAGAACUUAAUCAGUACAAGAAGACCAAAGACCGGGGCAGAGGGCUUAAAGGUGGCCGCGGGCGCGGGAGAGGCAAAGGAGGACGGGGCAUGAUGAGAGGAGGGAGGGGUCGGAACCGCGGGAGAGGAAGAGGGGACAUGGGCAACGAUGACGAAAACAACCUCGGGGACAUGGACAACGGGGUGAGGCUUUUGCACUGUUCUCAGAUCAGCCCAAAGCGUCCUGAUAGAAAGCAGGACGGAGGGGUUGGAGGCGAUGGACCAGGACCGGGGAGGAGGAAUAUGAACGAGAAGCACCAGGAUAAGAAAGGAAAGGCCAUUUGCAAGUACUACAUCGAGGGACGAUGCACCUGGGGGGACCACUGCAACUUCAGCCACGACAUCGAGCUGCCCAAGAAGAAGGAGCUGUGCAAGUUCUACAUCACUGGAUUCUGUGCCAGAGCGGACCACUGUCCCUACAUGCAUGGGGAAUUCCCCUGUAAGCUGUUCCACACCACGGGGAACUGCGUCAACGGCGACGAAUGCAUGUUUUCCCAUGAUGCCCUCAACGAUGACACGCAGGACCUGCUCAACAAGAUGCUGGCCGAGGACGCAGAGGCCGGAGCCGAGGACGAGAAGGAGGUGGAGGAGCUGAAGAAGCAGGGGAUCAACCCUCUCCCCAAACCCCCUCCUGGAGUUGGCCUACUUCCCACCCCUCCUCGGCCGGUCCCGUUAGACGCCAACCUAGGAGCCGGGGAUUUUAGCGGGUGUGCGAUGGGUGACUUUGGAGGUCCUCCUGGACCUAACCAGGGGCCCAUUGCUAACAAAGCCCCACCAGGCCCUGGUUCCGGGGGACCUUUGUCUGGACCUUCUGGGCCUAACCUUUGUGCUGGUCCCCCUGCCCAUGGGCCUGACGGAAGUCCCUUCCAAGGUGGCCCCCCAAAUCUUGGGCCCUGUGGCCCUCCCCCCCACAUGGGCCACAAUAUGGGCCCCAAUAUGGGCCCCAAUAUGGGCCCCCACAUGGGCCCCCCACCUCCUUGCGGCGGAGGAGGUUCCGCCGGGAGAAAGAUCCCCUCGCUGUUUGAGAUUAAAGUUAAGCCAACGGCUCAGCUGGCUCAUAAACUCGCCGUCAGAGGCCAGACUCCCACCACCAACCAGGACCAAACGGAACCACCCACAGGGGCCCCUGGUGCCCCCCCGCCCAGCUUCCCUCCUCCCCCAGGGAUGGUACCACCUGACAUGCAAGACCCCGGGAUGAACCAGGGGCCCCCCAACAUGGGCCCCGGUGGACCGCCGAUGAUGGGAGGAUUCGCGCCUGGUGACGGCCCUCCGCACGGAGGGGCCAUGCCUCCAGGUCCCCCACCGGGUGGGCCGAACUUCUUUAAUAACUUCUUCAAUCAGCAGGACGGGAUGCCGAUGGAGGGAGUGGUGCAAGAAGGUGACAACUACCAGGGUUUCAGCGGUAUGGACGAGAGGGGGGAAAAUGCCGGAAACCAGCCGGGCAGCUCGGACGGAGCGUCGGCAAAUCAGGGAGGGAUCUCUGUGCCUGACUUCCUGCCUCCGGCGCAGCGGGUCCUGUUCAUGAGGAUCCAACAGAAGCAGCAGGAGGAAGAGGAGAGAGCUCGGCGGAUGGCAGAGGGAGGAGCAGAGAAGAGCAGAGACACUGAAGGCGACUCAGGGAACUGGUACUCCAGUGAGGAUGAGGAUGGAGGUGGUAGCGUGACUUCCAUCCUGAAGACACUCCGUCAGCAGACCCAAGCUCCCCAGAAAUGCGACGGCCCGCCGAGCGACCCCCGCCUACAAAAGGCCAGUCCCGCUAGCGCCCCGGCACGGCCUGCAGACCCCCGCCUGGCCCGGGACCCCCGCCUGCUGCGUACCGCGGACCCGGCCGACUCCCCCCACCCGAUGCCCACUCUGUCCUCCUCCGGACCGCCCGCGGACCCCAGGUUGGCCCGGCUAGCUGCGGCUGGUUCGGCGGGACCCACCUCUCUCCUGCCUCCCGCCCUCAAACCGGAGCCGCCUCUGGUCUACAAGCCCCCGCCGCUCACGACCCCGGCGGCCGAGGAGGAGGAGACGGAGCGAGUUCUACGGGACAAGCCGGUGCCGAUUCCUCUGGACCCGCUCAUGGGUAUGGCUCUGAGAGACCCGCGCUCGCAGCUGCAGCAAUUCAGCCACAUCAAGAAGGACAUCCUUCUCCACAUGCCGGCCUUCUGCAAAACCAUCACCUGGUCACCUGAGGACCUCCUCCCUCUGCCUGUCCCCAAGCAGGACCUCCUCCCACUCCCACCAGGCAUCCCACCCGUCUCCUCCAUAGACCUGCGUCUGUCCCGCACUCAGCCGCUGCCUCAAACGUCGCUCCCUCCCCUGCAGCCAUGUCCCGCGCAGGCCCCGCCACCCACCGUGGACCGCCCUGCUCCCUCCGCCUCCUCCUCCUCCUCCACCUCCUCCUCCCUACCAGAUUUUGAACUGCUGUCUCGUAUCCUGAAGACUGUCAACUCGAGCCCGUCCCAGACUCCUUCCCCUCCUCUCCUUCCUGCCACUGUCUCCUCGAUGUCGCUGCUCGGUCCGCCUCCCCCCAUGCCUCCCCCGCCUGUAGAAAAGCCCGUCGACCCCCGCGUGUCCCGUAAAGGCCCCUGCGACCCCCGUCUACAGCCGCAGAAGUCCGCACUGAAGCAACCCUCCGAUCCCGUGCCUCCCCCCGUCUCCUCUCCUUCCCCGGCACCCACAUCCAGCUCCCCCCCCCCGACCACCGCCCCCUACGACCCGCGGUUGCUGUCCUCGGGUGGGCCGGGCCGCGGCGGGGGAUCCGGGGCACCAGGGGGAGCCAGUGUGCUGAGCAGCAUCAGUCUGUAUGACCCUCGGACUAACAAACCAGGCAGCCCUGGUAUGAGCAGCGGCUCCAACAACUCCCCCAAUUCAGCCAGCGCAGAGUCCAAACCCAGCGACCCCCCGGCGGUGAAACCCAAGUCCAAAGAGCCCCUGUUUGUACGUAAGUCGGCUUUGGACCAACCGGAGCCAGAAAAAAGCGGCGAGCAGGGAACCGACCGAUACAACAGCUACAACAGGCCGCGGCCCAAACCCGCGCCCUCGCCCAAUGCCACGGCGCAGGGCGGGCCCUCAGCCGCCGCGGGUCAAGGUGCUCCCGGAGCCGCCGGCGAUCAGGGGCCCGCGGGGGUCCACAGCCUGCCGGUGUCCUCUCUGUUCGGCGGGGUGAAGCAGGCGGCCAAGCCCGGCGGGACGGGCAGCCCCUUCGGAGGCAGCAGCCCGGUGCAGCCCGACCAGGCGACCUCAGAGCAGGACAAGGCCUCGCUGAAGGAAGUUUUCAAAGGCUUCGACCCCACAGCCUCGCCCUUCUGUCAGUGACCCCUCCCCCCACUCUGACUGCUGAACCCUGAGGCCCGUUGUGCGGACGGCCGUCAGCUUCUUUUAACAUUUUUGGACACUGAACGGAUCGGUGAAAAACGAGAAGGAAAGAGGCACCGAGGCAACUGCCCGUAAGACUGUAAGAAGCUUACCAAGACAAAGUUGUGUGAACAAAUUGAUUCUCACACACACACAUACUUUAUGCACAGUGUUGCAGAUUCUAUAAAAGACUUGGGUUAUGGGAAGGGUUUAAAGUUAAAUCUCUAUUUUAAACAGCCUUAUUGAUGUAUAAAUAAAUAUAUUCUCCUGUUCUCAACACUUAAAUGAAGACAGUUUUUCAGACAGCAGCAAAAACAUUCUCAUUCAUACAGAAUGUUUUAGAUUCUUUUCAUCAAUCCUCUUCAUUUCAGUUCUUACAUUCAAACCAGUAGACGUAUAUAUCUUCAUCGGCCAAAUUUGGCAACAGAUGCAAAGAUAAAGCUUUGUUGUGGUCAUUUUCUGAAAUUAAAUUAACAGCACUGAAGCAGAUAAGUUUUUUCAAACAAUAGCAUACAUUUUGUUUUCUGUAUGACUCAUUUGCUGCAGAUACAAUUGCAAAUGCGUAAACUUAAAAUCUGUAUUCUGCAUUCUUUUGUAUUUAUUUUCUCCUUGCACUGCCGGUUUAUGUCCUCCUGGGGGCGCUAUCCGUGUUUUUAUUGUCUGUAGCGCUUCCAGCUGUUCACAUGCUGUUUCAUUUCAGAUAUGUAGCGCUGUACCUAAACCCUUUAGCUUUACUGGUACAGGGAGUUACACUCGGUUCUGACCACUACGCUGUUGUUCCUUUUACCCGGACCCCCCCCCCCCCCAUCCCUCAGCUGUCCAGUUGCUUUGUAGUUAAACUUGGUUUUUAUCUUUCUUUGGAGAGUUCAUGAAUGAAUGAAUGAAGAUAGAAGAUGUGGUGGUUAGUCGUUAUGGAUGACAAAGCCUGCCAGACUUAAUGAAUAAAUCAAGAAAUAAUUGUAUAUUUAGAAAAUACAAAAGUUACUUAUUUGAUGAAUAGUCAAUUUAAAUUGAUUCAAAGGCAAAUUGAUAUCGUUUUUUUUAUUUGAUUAAUGCCACCCUUUAUUUUAAUAGUAUUUUUGGUAGAUUUAAUGGCAUAUAAAUGUAUUUAUCCGGCUGUUUUUUGUUUUUAUUUUGGCAGGUUUUAUUCUCUGUAAGCCACAGUAUUAGCACGAGAAACUCAACAUGUUUUUGUUUUCUACAAAAAAAAACAUUUCGUAGCUUCAAUCUGUUUCAUAUUUUAUCUUUUUAUUUUAUUUUUCACACAACCGUUCUCUUUUUCUCGCUUUUCUUUAAUGAACCAUUUUGUUGAGAAUUAAAUUAAAUAACCGGUCUGUGGAAUUCGGAAUAGUUAGCAGCCUCAUCACCAUUUAUUUAGAACUCUUUGGCUUCAGCGGCUGUCGACGGUGUGACAAUCAGAAAUGAGAUUUUGGACCUAAAAGUCAAUUAACGCAUGAGUCAUGCAUUGAUCUUUUGCAGGCGCUCCCUCUUGUCUGAGCUCCUGCAUGAAGAAAACCACGUCAUCAAUUUGACUACGACCAGUGUGAAAAAAUAAAGAAAUAAUUCAACAUGGUUUUCUCUUGCAUGCUGGCAGGCAAAGAAGAGCACACUUUCAGGGUGGAAAAGUGAAUUUCGGGAUGCAUUCAGUUAAAUGAUUGUUUUUCCCUUUUAUUCACCUCCACAAAGUUGAUUUCACCUCAAUGGGCUUGUUACAAAAUCUUUAUAAACACAACAAGAGCUUCUGAAAGUUCCAGAAGGUGUCGGGGAUCCACCGUCUUGUGUAUAGAUGUUGAUCAUUUUAAUUUAUUUUUUUAUACUUGGGCAAAUAUGCUUCCUCACGUGAGUUUUUGAACCGAAUCAUUUUAUAAGACAGGAAUGUGUGAUCGUCGCUCACCUCGGUGUGACGUAAAACAGCCGUAACAGUGUGAAGCGAGGAGACCGGCGUGUUUAUUUUUUUAAAUUGGGUUUUGUGUUCGGCGAGAUAUUAGCUAACAAAAGAUUCACAAUUGCUGCCUCCUCGCAGGCUGUGAAAGGGGGCUGAUGUCCGCUAAAGCAAGCGUGAAACUUCUUGUUGAUUUGAUAUUUCCUUUAUGGCUUUUUUUCCCUGCUAUGUAAAUUAAAGCCUAUAUCCCGUCAUCCUGGCGUUUUCUAACUGUACGCGAGGUUGUUAAAAUAUUUAAAUAAAGUUGAUACAUGGUCAACCAGUUAAAACCA